UUCUCUGCAUCCCAAAUCCCAAAUCCCAAUCAAGAAUCAACCAACACAACACUCGAGAGAGAAAGAGAGUAAUGGGUGUGGAGGUAGGCGUGAUCGGCCCUCCUGCCGCAGCUGCAUCCACUCCGCUUCUGUAUCCGAGACCUAAGAGCAUUGUGAGUCUCCCAAUUGAGUUCCCCUCAAUUUGGUGUGGUCUAAAAAGGAGGAAGCAAAGUGUAAGGGUGAAAGCACUAGAGCAACCCGGCGGCAAGAUGGUGGUGGAGCUUGUUGGAGCCUUCAAUGACCUUACCGAGAGGAUGAGCGUCCUCUCCACCAGCUCCUCCCGCCUCCUCUUCAAAACCCUCAAGCUCUCCCUCCCCCUUCUCCACUCCCUCCCCCUUCUCCCCGACGGCCGCGACCCCCUCUCUAGGGCUCUCUCCCUCGCCCUCUUUCUCGCCCAUCUCCAGAUGGAUGCUGAGGCUAUUUGUGCUGCGAUUUUGAGACAAGUAAUCGAGGGAGGUAUGAUAUCGAUGAGUGAAGUGAGGGAGCGCGUUGGCACGGGCACUGCUCAUCUUCUCCACGAGAGCAUGCGCUUGAACAACGUUUCCUCCAAGGUGGAGGCGUUGGACGACGAGAGUGCGUUCGCGUUGAGGAAAUUCUGCCUCACAUUCUACGACGUCAGGGCCAUCAUACUGGACUUGGUUCUGAAGCUUGACAUGAUGAGGCACCUUGAUCAUCUCCCGCGAUACAAGCAGCAGAUGGUUUCUGUGGAAGUUAUGAAGAUAUACGCCCCGUUGGCUCAUGCUGUUGGAAUCACUAGUUUGUCCAUGGAGCUGGAGGAUCUUUCGUUCAGAUACAUGUUUCCUUAUUCGUACCUUUAUGUUGACACGUGGUUGAGGAGCCACGAGACUGGAAGCAAGCCUCUGCUGGAGAUGUACGAGGACCAGCUACGCAACUCCCUCACAUCUGACCAGUGUUUAGCUGAAAUGGUACAGCACGUCUCUGUUGAAGGUCGUUUCAAGAGUCGUUAUAGUACUAUGAAGAAACUUCUGAGAGAUGGGCGUAAGCCUGAGCAAGUGAAUGACAUCUUAGGAUUGAGAGUGAUUGUUACUCCAUUAUCUGGAGUUAAUUCAUCGGAGAUUGGAGAAAAGGCUUGCUAUAGAGUACGUGAUAUCAUCCGGUCCCUAUGGAAAGAAAUUCCUAGCAGGUUCAAGGAUUAUAUCGCACGGCCUAAGUUUAAUGGAUACAAGAGUUUACACAUGGCUGUUGAUAUCAGUGACAAUGGUAGGAAUAGGCCACUGAUGGAAAUACAGAUACGAACAGCUGAGAUGGACAUGUUGGCAGCCGGUGGAACUGCAUCCCAUGCUUUAUAUAAAGGUGGCCUUACCAAUCCAGAAGAGGCAAAGCGACUUAAGGCGAUUAUGAUGGCUGCGGCUGAACUAGCAGCACUGCGUCUUAGAGACUUGCCUUCCUCAACCCAAAAGGGUCUCGAUGAUAGCAGAGAUCGAGUAUUCCAUCUUCUAGACAAGAAUGGAGAUGGUAAGAUCAGUGUCGAGGAACUUAUGGAGGUCAUGGAAGAGCUUGGGGCUGAAGGGGAAGAUGCCCGUGAGAUGAUGCAGCUGCUUGAUUCAAAUAGUGAUGGCCUGCUGAGCUCGGAUGAAUUUGACUUGUUCCAGAAACAGGUUAAACUCAUUCGGAAUUUGGAAUACAGAGAUGGGCAAUACAAGAUUGAGUUGGAUGAGAUUGAGAGGCUUCUUCAAUUAGAGGAUAGAAGUAGCAGUGGGAUGACUCAAACAACUCUAGGGUAAAGAUUGUUCGCUGCCAUUCGACCAUAGGCAGCCAAACAAGUGUCGUUGGCCACUAAGUUGUUUUGCCCAUCGUUCGCUCGCUUACCAAGUCCAACCUUGGAUACAUCCGUCUGCAGCUGUGACCGAUGGUUGAAUAGUAGUGUUACUCGAUCUAGCUCCGGAUAUAACUGGUAAAUAUAAUGAAAACAGUCUACUCAGAAGCUUUUUGUUUUAUGCACUAUAAUGUAAGAGGCUUUCUAGUA